CCCAGCCGCCCUCGCGCUACGUUGAUGCGCCCAGCUCAGCACUGCCUGGUCCCCCUGUCUCCCCUCCCCCUCACCAGGCCCCCCCGCCCAGCUUCGCGUCUCCCAGCCCGACGCGCUCGCUAUAAUCACGUGACUGCCUCAUCCGGGUCCUUUGCGUUCUCUCUCCCUCUCCCAACAUGGCGGCUUCAGCUAAAAAGAAGAAUAAGAAGGGGAAGACCCUCACCUUGACAGACUUCCUUGCUGAGGAUGGUGGCACCGGUGGUGGAGGAAGCACCUUUGUGCCCAAACCAGUCAGCUGGGCUGAUGAAACUGAUGACCUGGAAGGAGAUGUUUCCACCACUUGGCACAGUAAUGAAGACGACGUGUACAGGGCACCUCCAAUUGACCGUUCCAUCCUGCCCACUGCUCCACGGGCUGCUCGGGAACCCAAUAUUGAUCGGAGCCGUCUUCCCAAGUCGCCACCCUACACUGCUUUUCUAGGGAACCUGCCCUAUGAUGUGACAGAGGAUUCCAUCAAGGAGUUCUUUAGAGGAUUAAAUAUCAGUGCAGUACGUUUGCCACGGGAACCCAGCAAUCCAGAAAGGUUGAAAGGUUUUGGUUACGCCGAGUUUGAGGACUUGGACUCACUGCUUAGUGCUUUGAGCCUGAAUGAAGAGUCUAUAGGCAACAGAAGAAUACGAGUGGACGUUGCUGAUCAAGCACAGGAUAAAGACCGAGAUGAUCGUUCCUUUGGCCGUGAUCGGGAUCGAAAUCGGGAUUCUGACAAAACUGACACAGACUGGAGGGCUCGCCCUGCCACAGACAACUUUGAUGACUACCCUCCACGAAGGGGUGAUGAUAGCUUUGGAGACAAGUAUCGUGAUCGUUAUGAUUCAGACCGGUAUCGUGAUGGUCCACGGCGGGACAUGGACCGAUAUGGAGGCCGGGAUCGUUAUGAUGAUAGGGGCAGCAGAGACUAUGAUAGAGGCUUUGAUUCUAGGAUAGGCAGUGGUAGAAGAGCAUUUGGUAGUGGGUAUCGGCGAGAUGAUGAUUACAGAGGAGGAGGAGAUCGCUAUGAAGACAGAUACGAUAGACGAGAUGAUCGGUCAUGGAAUUCAAGAGAUGAUUACAACCGGGAUGAUUUUAGGCGUGAAGACAGAGGUCCCCCCCAGAGACCCAAACUGAAUCUGAAGCCCCGGAGUGCCCCCAAGGACGAAGAUUCAUCAGCUAGCACCUCACAGUCUAGCCGAGCUGCCUCCAUCUUUGGAGGAGCAAAGCCAGUGGAUACAGCUGCUAGGGAACGAGAAGUAGAGGAGCGACUACAAAAGGAGCAAGAGAAACUGCAGCGUCAGUUGGAGGAGCCAAAACUAGAAAGACGGCCCCGGGAGAGACACCCAAGUUGGCGAAGUGAAGAAACUCAGGAACGAUCAAGGACAGGAAGUGAGUCUUCACAGACUGGAAAUACAGCUCCAUCUGGCAGAAACACACGAAGGAGGGAGAGUGAGAAAUCUCUAGACAAUGAAACAUUCAACAAGGAAGAGGACUCUCAGUCUCCAACCUCCAAGCCUUCUAAAUCAGAUCAGCUUCCCUUAAAGGUGAUGCCCGCACCCCCACCAAAGGAAAAUGCCUGGGUGAAGCGGAGCUCCAACCCUCCUGCGCGGUCUCAGAGCUCAGACUCUUCAGAGCAGCAGUCUCCCACAAGUGGUGGAGGAAAAGUAACAUCCCAGCAGUCUGAGGAAGGACCAGCUAAUAUUUCAAGAAAAGCAGAUGAGAAUAAGGUAGAUGGGGUGAGCAUGCUGAAAGGCCAAAGCGGGAACUCCAACCGUGGUCCAGUGGAAGGAGGAAGCAAAGACCAUUGGAAGGAGUCUGAUAGGAAAGAUGGCAGAAAAGAUCAAGACUCAAGACCUGCAUCUGAGCCAAAGAAACCUGAAGAAAAUCCGGCUUCUAAAUUCAGUUCUGCAAGCAAGUACGCAGCUCUCUCUGUUGAUGGUGAGGAUGAAAACGAGGGCGAAGACUACAACGAAUAAACCUCCACAUCUUGUGCUUUCUCCCCGUCUCUCGCCAACCUGCAACAUUCGAGAGCAAAUCAAACCUCUAUCCAGACAAGACAAAAUAAAACUCACCAUCUCCUGGAGACCUUUCUUAACUUUUUUUUUUUAAGGAAAAAAAAGGAAAACAAAAUGAAAUUCUUUUGCAUGCUGCUGCAGCCUUUAAAGUAUUAAACUAACUGGAGAAUUUCCAACCAGUGUAGCCAGAGAGAGAAAGACGUACAACUUUUUAAAGGAAAAGUUCUGAUGUGUUUUAGCAGCACCAUAUAACUGCCUGUAUGAUUAGUGCCUAGGGUCCUCCUUUUAGCAGAAACGUUAAUAAUAUUAAUGUGUUGGUUUCUGAAAGCUGGUUGGGCGAUAGGACAGAUACAAGGAAGGAGGUGGGUUUUCUCCCUCUUAAUUCUUGCUAUCUUAUUAUGGCAUAUAUGAAUUCUGAAACAUUAUCUGAAUAAAACUUCCAUCCUUGAAGGUAGGAUAACUAGUCUCUGAGGUUAUUUUAGUCUCCAGGAGGCUGCCAGCCCCCUCCUCUCAUUUUAUCCCAUGCUGUUGGGGGCCAGUAACAGAGGGAAAUGUCAGUCCAGUUUUACCCCCCAAGGGGGUGGUUGGGAAUUGGUGGCGAGAGGACAAGACAUACUGCUUGGUGACCAGAUGCAGUGGGAAAGGAAAUCUGGCUCUAAGGGUGAUGUAAAUCCUUUUGGACCAGAUAACAGUGAAAGGUUAGAAUCUCCAGGAAACAGAUAAGCAAUUAUUUCUUGGAACAUAGGUGUGGGAACUUCUAGAUUCAUCCAUAAGCUGUUGCAAAUCCUGAAUCUUAGGAAUUUCAGGCCUUAAGUACAGUUAAAGUCUUGUGUACUUCCUUACUACCCACUCCCCUUUUCUGCAGUCUCCCAACUAACAUCUUCUGUUUAUGUCAUGUAACAGGUCAUUUCUUGGGCCUCAGAUUCCAGGGAGCUGUCAGGUGAGGAAUUGAAUUGCAAUUAAAGCAAAAGAGCCACCCAUUGCUCCCUUUUGACCCCUCUUGCUACUCCUCGUUCCUCACCCUGGUCUGUGACAGCACCAGCUUCCUUGAUCCCUUGUGAGCACCAGCAAACUGGAAGAGGUGAUCUUAGCAGGUGAACAAGGAAUGGAUUGAUAGAGGCUAUUAAAUUGGUAGCCUUUGCCCUGCCAUUUUCUCCAUUCCUUUUGAUGAUUGUUGUUUUUAGGAGUUGUCCUUCUCUCCACUGGAACCCCACACUAAUAUUCAGAUUUAUUAUGUGGCCUAGACCAGUGUGUGGCUUUUUAUCUUCCCCUGAGAGAAUAAAUGAUGAUUGUAAGAGAACUACUCAACAGGGCAUUGGUUUCUGUUGCGACACAAAAGACCAUUGUACUUGAUUUUAUGUGCAACUUUGUGAGGGUCAGCUCAGUGUAGAUACUUUCUUCCCCUUCACCAAAUAUUAGCACCUAUGAGAGGAGGAUGCCACCCCAGUCUCUAAUACUCGCACAAUUCUUCUCCAGGCAGUCUUAGAUUGUUCCCAGCCCAGCCAAGUUGGCGGGCUGGUGUUUGUGCGGCUGCAGCAGUGGGUAUAUUGAAUCAUUUUAUAAGGUGGAAAUAAAAGGUAGACAAAUUGAAUAAAUUACUAAGUACGAGUAAUUGGUAUGGAUUGGCCAUUAGCUAGGAAGUGGACAUUUAGAAGGCAUAUCCAGACUUAGGCAGUUAUCGCCCAUCUGCCAUAGGUGUUGAUAAGGUAGGGAUUGCCCUCUUCAUUUCUACUCUCCUUCCAAAUAGUUGUAUCCAAGAAGCUGUUCUCUCCACUUCCCUUCUUGCUCCCUCUGUUAGACCAGGUACAAGGAUUGAUUUGCGUCCAGCACCUGAAGACAUGUAAAAUUUGUACAAAGAUAUCUUCUAUGAAAAUGAUUUGUAAUCUGUAGACUUACUACCUGGGAGAUGUCUUAUGAUGUAAAAUCCCCAUCCUUUGGGCUGUGGGAUUUGGUGGUGUUUUUUUUUUUCCGGGUUUUUUGUUUUGUUUUGUUUUGUUUUCUCCAAAUAAACCUAAUCUUUAAAGUUC